AUGCACGCCACCUUCAGCCCUCAACUGGCUAGCUUAUGUGCCCUAACCCUCUCUUUGACUAUAUACCCAGCGUGGCUGCAAACCCUCCCCAAGAAGAUCGGGGUGAGCAAGAACAGCAAGAGCCCCGGAUGUUGCGAAGAGCUAAAGAAGCUGAAGGUCCAAGUGGCCAAUCUCUCCUCCUUGCUAGAGGAGAUGAGCAAGAAGCAAGACGACGUCCUGGGGCAUGCCGUCACGCAGGUGAUGGCCCUGGAAGGGAGCGUCAAGCUGAUGGGCGCCCGCCUCGACGACGUGGAAGGGAAGUAUUCGGAGGUGAAUUCCAAGCUCGACAUUGUGCAGCUUCAGGCGGCUCAGACGGUCACCCAAACAUCCACAGACGCCGUGUACGACUGCUCCUCCCUUUAUCAGAGGAAUUACAGGUCUUCCGGAGUCUACAGACUUCUCCCUGAUGAAUUUCUGGGAAGUCCAGAACUCCAGGUAUACUGUGACAUGGAGACAGAUGGGGGAGGCUGGACUGUCAUCCAAAGGCGGAAAAUUGGCUUGAUCUCUUUCAGCCAAAAUUGGAAGCAAUACAAGGAAGGGUUUGGAAGCCUGCAGGGAGAUUUCUGGCUGGGAAACGAGCAUAUCCAUCGGCUUUCCAGGAGGCCGUCCGUUUUGCGUGUGGAGCUGGAGGACUGGGAUGGCAACAACGUUUUUGCUCAAUACAGUCGUUUUGAGGUGGGCAAUGAGUUGAGCGGCUACCGCCUCUUCCUGGGCAACUUCAGUGGCAGCGUGCCACGCGACUCCAUGAGGUACCAUAACAACACGGCCUUCAGCACCAUGGACAAGGAUAACGACAAGUGCUUGGAUCACUGCGCGCAGUUACGCAAAGGUGGCUACUGGUACAACUGUUGCACGGACUCCAACCUGAACGGGGUUUACUACCGUAAGGAUGAACACAACAAAAGCACCGAUGGCAUCAUCUGGUACAGCUGGCGUGGGAAACACUAUUCCCUGAAGAGGGUCGAGAUGAAGAUCCGGUCCACGGACUUCAAGGCCUAGAGGGACCCCAACCGAGUCAAGGGGGAAGCCCUGUCCAUUGAUAUCAAGAAUGAGCUUACAGGCGGGGGAUGCCCUUCAUCAGUAGCAAGGCAGGUGCUGGCCUCUUUCAGCCUCCACCUGAAUAUCUCUGGAUCUUCCUGACAACAAUGUUCUCUAUCGGGAUGCUCACCUGUU